CAUAUAUGUCGGCGGAGCUCGGCCGCGCCGCUUCGUGUCGCUCUGACUCCCGGAGUUCGGAGCUCAUCAUGUGGGGACGUGGAAGUGAGCACGUUUAACCGGCGGCUGCGGGGCGUUUCUCGUCGCUCACCGUGAAGUCUUCAUCCUCCGUCUCGCUAGCUUAGCUCACUAGCCACCUCCAACAAUAUGGCAUGCGCGUGAACAAGAGCGCAGCUCCUUGUCGCCCGUUAACGAGAAAGACGCAGUUCUGCUUUCAGAGGCUGACGCCGCGUUGAUCAAACCCCCUCGCGAGCUGCCAUGGAGUCCGCCGCGGCCGUGGGGUGCAUGAACAUCGGCAGCCUGACCAGCACCUUGCCGGUGAUCCCCUACCAGAAGCUGACCGACCUGUACUACCUGAGCAGGGGGGGCUUCGGCACCGUGUUCAAGGCUCAGCACUCCGACUGGAGGACCACCGUGGCCAUAAAGUGCCUCAAGCUCGACUGUCCUGUCGGAGAAAGGGAGAGAAAUUCUCUGCUGAAGGAAGCAGAGGUGCUCCACAAAGCCAGGUUCAACUACAUCAUCCAGAUUUUUGGCAUCUGCAACGAGCCCGAGUUCUUCUGCAUCAUCACGGAGUUCAUGAGCAACGGCUCUCUGGACCUGCUUCUCCAUGAGAAGGACAUGUAUCCCGUUCUCGCCUGGCCUUUGCGUCUGAGGAUCCUGUACGAGAUCGCCCUGGGGGUAAACUUCCUUCAUAACAUGAACCCGCCUCUCCUGCAUCACGACCUGAAGACACAGAACAUCUUAUUGGACGGCGAAUUUCACGUGAAGAUCGCAGACUUCGGCCUUUCAAAGUGGCGCCAGCUGUCAGUCAGUAAAGGCUCCGGGUCCAAGCCCACGGAAAUGGGGGGCACGGUGAUCUACAUGCCCCCCGAGGAAUACGAGCCCUCCAAAAGCCGCCGGGCCGACGUGAAGCAUGACAUGUACAGCUACGCCAUCAUUAUGUGGGAGGUGCUAUCCAGGCAGAUCCCAUUUGAAGAGGUGACCAACCCCAUGCAGAUAAUGUUCAGCGUGCUGCGCGGGAUGCGUCCGGACAUCAGCCACGACAGCCUGUCGGCCGACAUUCCCAGCAGAGACACGCUCGUCCAGCUCAUGACCAGCGGCUGGACCGCCAACCCCGACGAGCGGCCCUCGUUUCUCAAGUGUUUAAUCGAGCUGGAGCCAAUGGUGAGGAAGUUUGAUGAAAUUGACUUUCUCGAGGCGGUGCUAGAAAUCAAGAGGUCAAAGCGGAUGCAGCGGUCGUGUGCCUGUUCAGCUCAGCCGGUGAGUGAGAAGCGAAACGAGGAAGCGUCUCCGAACCUGCAGGACGACAGGAUCAGCUCGUGGCCCCAGGAGAGCUCCACCUCAGGCUCGGGUUCGGGCUCAUGCUCCUCCCAGGAGGCGGACAUCUCUCUCCCAGGCCUCCUCUCCAGCCACGGCGCCUUCCCCUCCAAACGCAGCGACCGAGACGCGGAGGGCACUCCGCCGCCAACGCUGGAGCCGCCGCAGUCCCUGGAGGACGAGUAUCCGGUCAACAACCUGAACAGCUGCCACAGCAACAGACCCAUGAACAAUUUAAACAUCCCAGUGAAAACUGGCCCGCCCGCCUGCGAGUACGAGACGCUGGCGGAUAACUGCCCCCUCAAGCCCCCGGCGCCGCCCCAAGCCCCGCCCCAGCAGCGAGCGGAUCGCUCCCCCCCACUGCAGCCCCCCCUCCCCUCGCGGGGCCCCAUCGCCCUGUGGAUCGACACGCAGCGCGAGGCCAUCGUCUCCCAGAUGACGGAGGCCUGCCUGAACCAGUGCCUGGACGCGCUGCUGGCGCGCUCCAUGCUGAUGCGCGAGGACUACGAGCUGGUGGCCAACCGGCCCACGCGCACCGCCAAGGUGCGCCAGCUGGUGGACCACUGCCACGCGCAGAACGAGGACUUCUGCAGGAUCGUGGUGUGCAAGCUGUACGAGAACAAGCAGAUGCGGCUGCUGCCGUACCCGGCCGAGAUCAGCUCGCCCAGCGCCCCGUCCCUCUCCAUGUCCUACAACGUCCCCAGGAACAUGUAGCGGCGGCGGCGGCGGCGGCGGCGGCGGCGGCGGCAGCGGUGCGCAGCCAGACUCUCCCAGGUUCACACUACAAGACGGCAGCCCGGCUGGAGAGCAGGUCCCAGACACAGGAGGUUCAUAAGGUCAAUCUGAGUCCCUUUUCAGCAGAAUCAGAAGAUUUUUGACUGAAUCCAUGAUUUUAUUUUAAAAUCUCAGCGCUAAUGUGUUUAUUUAUUCUCCUUUCAUUCUGAGUGGAUGCCUUUCAAGCUCUCACUCACUUUGGUGUCCCUCCAGUGUUUCUGUUGGUAUCAGGAAGACGCCUGUGGAAAUACUGCGAAAACCGUCAGAGGUCUCUAAUCCCGUUUAUGUGCCAUUUAUGCUUUACCUUCCGCAUCAUUACAGCUUUCCAGCCUUUAGUAGAGCCCAGAGCCUUGAUUAGGUCAGUCCACUGUGGCAGAGUCACAGUGGAGGUUUCUUAUAAUUCCUGUAACUUUAAACUGGGUUGGAACACUGUUAGACCGUCAUCUUGUGGCUCGGGGGAAGGUUUCAAUGUCUCCCAGGGCUCCUUUCCUUUCCUCUGUUUAAUUGCCCUUGUUAAAGGGAGAAAACAGGAAGUAGAAAUCAUAACGCACCAACCAGGGUAACAGAGCGGCAUGUAUCUUUGCACGUGUUCUUUUUUUUUUUUUUUUUUUAUAAAGUGGACCAAGCCGAAAUGGUUCCUCUUCUCUUUUUAGUAGUAAAGAGGCUUCAGAUGCUGCUGGAUACUUGCAGGAGUACUGUUCUUCCAUGGACUCUGAGCUCAGGCCAUUGAUCCGACUGGCCUGUAGAAUCAAACCGGAGAGAAACACUCCUCCUUUGUAGCAAAUCUAAAGUUUACCUCCAGCAGAAAGGAAGUACAUAAGCUGUCGAUCUCGUGGGUUCAUUUUUAAUCUUGUACAGUAUCUUUUUCUACCGUAGCUUUAGUAUCAUAUUUGCUUAAAAUGACAGCAAUACACUAAGAAAAUGUAUUUCCACUCAGUGACCAGUAUCACCCCACAAGGCUCAAUACUGUUACAGGAGGACAGUAGCAUCACUUCCAGCGUAGGAAGUGUGUCAGGUUCAUCGGUACGUGUUGUAGUGCUGUCAGUAACGAUUUUCAGUCACACCGUAUUAACUUCUUUGACAGGAUGGAGGAAUUUAUUUUGUCGUUUGUUUCAGAUGAAGUGUGCAUGUGUGUAGAGUUGUUUCUAUAAAGGCCUUAACGUCUUCAUCACUGCCUUCACUUUUCCACUGAUCGGUGCUUGAAUCGCAAUAUCACGUUUAGCAUUUGACUUUUUUUUCCCCAUUACUACAAAAAAGGCCUUGUCUGCUUCAAAUUUAUUUAAUUAAUUGAAUGAAAUUCAUUCAUUCAUUGCCGCGAGGAUGCACAUGUUUCCGUUCUGCAUUUAGCUCUCCAAAGCCAAAUUACAGACCAGUGAGGAAUGUUGCAAAAAAAAAGAAGAAGAGGAAGAAGAAGCUGCAGCGCACCAUGCUUAAUGUCCGCUCUCUGACA